CGACGACGUCCAGGACCCGGGCGGGGUCGGCCCGGACGCAUGCGCGCGCUGGCGGGUCGCGGUGCGUCUUCCCGAGUCGCCCGCGCUGCUGGUCGCGGUUCCCGUGAACCGCGGGCGGCCCCGGGCUCCCUCCUUGGCCAUGGCCCCCGCGCCCAGGUCCUUGUUGUCGCCGCCGACUUUGCUGCUGCUGCUGUUGAGCCUGGCGCUGCUGGGCGCCCGCGCCGAGCCCGCCGCCGGGAGCGCUGUCCCCGCGCAGAGCCGUCCGUGUGUGGACUGCCACGCGUUUGAAUUCAUGCAGCGCGCCCUUCAGGACCUACGGAAAACGGCCUACAGCCUGGACGCGCGUACGGAGACCCUUCUGCUGCAGGCUGAGCGCCGGGCUCUGUGUGCCUGCUGGCCAGCUGGACGCUGAAGACCCUUGGCCAGUGAUGUUCCCUGUCAAUAAAUGCCUGCUAGCA